AUGGCGGGCCGCUGGCAGCCCUACAUGUAUGCAUCCCAAAGGGAUUCCAUGAUUGACACCGACCCCACUCGGUCGACUUUCAACCCAAAGGCCAUUACCAUGGCCAGUCGCAUGCCGCCCCCACCGCCCAAGAAGAAGCAGGAGGGCCCUCUGAUCGACUUCAACAAGCAUCCAGACAGUUACCUCAUACUUCCGUACGGUAACACAAACGCGAAGCCAAUGAGCCCCAAGACCAAGGUCUUCAUCGAUAUCGCGCGAUGGACCCAGUUCAGUCUUCGGAUACUGACUCUGCUUGGCGCGGUGGGUGUCUUGCUUUGCGGCAUCUUCAUUCGGGGUGCUCAGGAUACAGAAGGCUACAUACUGAGGAUACCGCCUGGUGUGGAUCUCGUCGUUUCUCUAUACGCCAUAUACCAUCUAAUCCGUAAUCCAAAAACACGACCAGCCGGUAGCUCCGCCAGCUAUCACUUCUUCGCCCUUGUCACAGACGCUGGCUUCAUCCCGUUCUACGUCUUUACCGUUCUGAUGGCUCGCCGUAACUCUGAUAAAGAAGCUGGAACAGUUGGGCGUUGGCGCACUAUGUUCCCCACGGAUGGAGAAACGAACAUAGUACUGAUGACGACAUGGAUCACCGCCAUUGCUACCGGUGGUCUCCAUCUGAUCUCAGCAGUUAUUGACAUGUAUCUGGCUAUCCUUUUCCGAAAUAUAUCCAAGCUGCCGCCGGACAUGAACCCUCUCGAAGACAACUUGACCUCGCGCAGGAAGACCAAGCACAAGUACAAGAACUCUUCGAUAUCAGCUAUCAUACCUCUUACGUCGGAUCAGGAGAAGAGGUUCAGUGACCAAAGUACCAUUGCUGGAGAUCGCUCAUCGAAAACUCCUUCCUAUAUCUACAGUGACAUCCCAAGUCCAAACAAGAGUCAAGUUGCUUUCAUGCACACACGAACAGAUUCGGAAACCACAUACUCACCCCAUACGCCUGCUUCGGCUCGCCAAUCCAAGGAGCGCUUCUCCAUGUACUCUCAGCCUCCAUCCGCACACCAGUCUCGCAAAGAGCUCAACCACCGUGAUGACCUAUGUCACCAGGACGAAGACAAUCAGACACUAGCUCAACGCAAGUCCAUGCUUUCUGAGCAAGCGAACAUCAAGCGACACUCUCGAACCGACGCGUACAUCACCAACUCCUCAAAGCAAGAUUUCCAUACCCCUCCUGCUACUGCUCGUUCUUUGAAACAGGAAGCGUCCGGCGAUCUUUCUCUUCAGCGAAACUCCCAACAAAGCCUCAAGAAUGAUAACUGGUUCGUGCAUCCUGAGCAGGAAGAUGAAUACGACGAAAACCACCUGGCCCCAGCACCCAAGCAAUCAAUGUUCUCGAUGAAUGGAAACAAGGGCUACAACACUGUUUCACGCUAUGAGGACGUCUCUGACGUGGAUGACGAAGCCGAAGAACCCAUGAUGCCCGAACCUCUGCGCAUGAACCCACUCAGCCAGAACCCACCAUCUCCCCUGCCUUCUCCCCCGCCUACCGACGCCUUCACAAACAACAACCAGAAGAACACGCCUCCACCAUCUGGUCUUCAACGUACUCUAACAACAACAUCGAUCUCCACAGAAAAGACGUUCGACCGCUCACACUCCCGCUCCGGUACACCCAAAUCGCGCUACUACGGCAACCUCAAAGCCGCAACCGAGGGCGUGCGAAGCGCAAACUCGCCUUCAAACUCUCCCUCCGCCUCUCCCACAAAGGGAUCUUCCGUGCGCAAUCCCAACCACUUCCCCAGUGCAACAAAGCAAUACGCCGUGAAUGCUCCUCCGCCCGUUCCCCAACACAACUUGGUCAACUCGCCGUUUACCCUACAUAAGAAGAGUUACACGAGCAUCAAGCGCACUGGUGAGGCGAACUACACACCUGUCAAGGGCCAGUCACCGCGUGUGAUCAGUCGGUCUGGUGUUGAUUACAUCAACCCGUAUGAGUUUGACGACUCAGACUUGGGUAUGCCAGGACGGAGAAGAGAUGUCAGUGGGAAGAUUGCUGAAGAGGGACGUGGUGGCGGGUGGAGCGGGAUGAAGCAAAGGACGGUCAGUGGUGUCGCGCAAGCUUAUUAG